UCCAAGCUUUCUUGGCCUGUUGCCAAUUCCACCACAAUCGCUCCAUCAGGUAGCGGUACUGGCGUCUACUCUAUUAUCUAUUCUACCGACACCGUGACAAGCACCGCCACUUCUCAGAUUGCAAUUACUCUCGCCCCUCCAACAGCAAAACCUUCUCCUACCUCAAUUGCUUCCGGACCGCCUGCUUCGAGUCUCUCGCCCGGGGAUGCAGCCUGCGCCAGCGUCAAGAAGCUAGUGGCUUCACAGACUUCUGCAUCUCCCAAAGCCACUCCGACCAUUCCUGCUGAGAUCGCUUACGAGUGCUUGAACGCUGUGCCGUUCAAUCAGAGCGCAGCAGCAGAUCUGUUGGAGAGCAUGAGACCUUAUCUCCAAUGGCAGACUACUAUUGAAUAUCUGAAGGAUCCGCCUGCUGAGUACGCCGAGAAGAUUCAAGCUCCCUACGACUUCUGGAAUGUGUUCGAAGGAAUAGUCGCCAAGGUGAAUGCUGGCGCUUAUGCUAGCGAGUAUGCCUUUGGCUUUGAUCUCUACGAGGCUACUCAGAAGACACACGAUGGUCACUUUGCCUUCGUUCCAGACAGUGUCGUUGGUGUCUUCAGCUUUGGACGCAAAACCCCUCUUGUCUCUGUAUCAGAAGAUGGAACCAGUCUUCCCGUCAUAUAUGCCUACGCUGACAUCCUCACUCAAUCAUUCGGCAACGCAACAUUUACACCUUCCCCAAUCACCCAUAUCGAUGGCAGGAACGUGACUGAAUACCUUUUGGAGUGGUCUCAGUACGGUAGUCUUCAGGACAGAGAUGCCUUGUGGAACAAUCUGUUCUACAUCCCUGCUCAGGUGUCUCUCGGAACAUCGGGUACUGGUACUGGCACAUUCAGCGGAGGUGGUCGCGGUAGAUAUGUUUACCCAGGAGCUUCGACAACCUUCGACUUUGCCAAUGGAACAUCAACCACCAACGAGAACUUUGCCCGCGUGCUUCAAGACUUCACCAACAUAACCACUGGUGCUGAUAUCUACCAGCAAUUCUUCGCUGUGGGUCCCGAAGCAUACCAAGACGCUCUUCAGCUUGCUACAUCUACCACCAGCAGCACCAUCGCUCCCACUACCAACGCCACCAGCUCGACAUCAACAGCUGCCAAGACCACUCCCGCACCGGGUUACCCAUCUCCUAUCGUCAAACAGACCAACAACCUCAACUCGGGCUACUUCAUCCCCGAAGCUGACUACGACGAUGUAGCAGUAUUGGUCGUGCCCUCCUUUGUCAGUCUCGACUCCGCAGAGGUCGAGUUCCAAAACGUGAACAGCGAACUCAUUGCCGCCGCACUUGCUGCCAACAAGACGAAGCUCAUCAUUGACGUUUCUGCCAAUGGUGGUGGCACCAUCUUGCAAGGCUACGAUCUCUUCAAGCAACUCUUNCCCUCCAUCCUUCCUUACGGUGCUACUCGUUUCCGCGCACACGAAGCAUUUGACGUGCUCGGGCAGGAGUAUUCCGAGAUCUCGGCACACUACCCUAGAAGCUUGGCCGAGAACGAUACGGUCCGCAGCAUCCUGUCUUCGGCAUGGAACUACCGCACCGACGUCGAUGUCAACUACGAAAACUUCUACAGCUGGGAUGAAAAGUAUGGUCCUCAUGAGUUUGGCCCUUACAACGACACCUUUACGUCCAUCAUCCGUUGGAAUAUGUCCGACGUCUUGACUACAGACAACUCUGGCGGUAUCGUCAUCAGUGGCUAUGGAAACCGCACAAAUGUCACUACCCAACCUUUUGCCGCCGAAGACAUUAUUAUCGUAUAUGACGGCUACUGCGCCAGCACCUGCACCAUCUUUUCCGAAUUGAUGCGUCAACAAGCCGGUGUAAAGACCGUUGCCCUAGGUGGCCGUCCCAACUACGACAUCAUCCAAGCAGUCGGCGGCGUAAAAGGCACAAACGACUUCCCCUGGAGUUACAUUCUCGAAAGCAUCGAGGGAGCAUUUUCCUUUGCCAACGAAUCCCAUCGCGAACACCUCAACGACAGCACGCCCUUUGGAUACUACAACCAAUUACCUCUAUACCGCUCGGCAUCAGGCCCAGUAGUCAACAGCAGAGACGGCAUCAGACAAGGCGACACCACAGAAACACCUCUCCAAUUUAUCUUUGAACCAGCCGAUUGCAGAAUUUUCUACACGCCGGAAAUGGUUGUUGAUCAAGCGGCCGUGUGGAAAUCUGUGGCUGACAGUGUGUGGGGAGAUGUGAAUCAUUGUGUGGCUGGCAGUGGUGAUUUCUAUGGCCAUAGUAAGAGGAGUGUUGGAGAGGUGCAGAAGCAUAGAGUUAGAAGGGAUAUGAACUUUGCUGAGCAUUGGGUGGGAUUGGGUGUUAGUACUGGAGAAGGGAUGACGCUUGGUGGUGAUGCUAUCAUGUAUCCUUAG